AUGAUCGAGCAGCUACACCACGAGUCGCUGGCAGAUCUGGUGGCGGACAUUUUAAAACGUGAGUGGCCGCCUGGAGAGAUCUGUGUGGUGGAUCUGGCUCCCGAUCUUGCCCGGCCGGUCCAUUUGCCGCGGCUGAGCGUCGCACAGCUCAAAAUAUACUCUCGCGUCAAAUACGUGUGUGUGCAGCAGUUCAAAAUGCAGACACUGGCUGCUAUCUUGGCAUCGUUGCAAUUUGAGCAGUGUGCAAGCAUUGUGCUGCACGGACUCUGGGAACAGCUUUCUGUGGUGUACUCAGAGAUUCUCACCACGCCCGAGCCGUCGUACGUUUCUGAGUUUAGCGAGUACAAACUGUCGAUCGUGGUUCUUGUGCUAUACAAACUGCAGAUCUUGAGUGAGAGUAAAAAAGUGGUUCUAAGCGAUGGUGGCGCAGUUGUGGAACGGUUGGGCGCCAUUUUUGUCUCGAAAAACGACAUCCUCGACGACGUGAAGAGGUUCCGCGUACAGAAUCUCGUGUCGGUUGAGCAAUUGGCUAGUCAAUACGGAAUCAGCUUCUCUAAAAAGGCGGAGAUUGUAUCUGGUACUGGCUCUGUUGGGGAUUGA